AUGUUUUUGUUUAUCGUGCUCGCGACCGCGGCCCGGGCAGCCGAUAUGGAUUUUCAGCCGCUUACAAAGGAUUUCAUCAAACAAAUCGACAGCGAAAAAUACAAUAAAUAUGCGACACCAACCCAAUAUGACGGAAUCGCUACGAAUGUGACGAUGUACAUGUACAUCGAAGGUAUUUCGUCGUUCAGCGCCCAGACGAUGGACUAUCAUUUGGAUAUGUAUUUUCAGCAGGAAUGGUGGGAUCGACGUUUGGCGCAUAAUGGGUCGUCUCCAAUUUUAGUGAAGGAUAAGGAGGUCUUCAAACGCAUGUGGCACCCAGACCUUUAUUUUGCCAAUGCCCGCUCGGCGUCUUUUCAAGAAAUCACGGAAGACAAUUUUUUGGUGUGGGUAUAUCCGGAUGGGAAGGUUUGGUAUGAUUGUCGGAUUUCCCUCUGCGUAAUUUGCGUGCAGAAUCUGGCAAACUACCCCCUGGAUCGGCAAACGUGUGAGCUACGGAUAUUGAGCUAUGCGUACCCGGAGUCACAGCUGCGGUUACGAUGGGCUGAAUUAAAUGGCGUGUCGGCGAUCGAUCGAAAUGAGGAGAUUCGGAUGCCGGAUAUGGCCAUUCAGAGCAUCAAAACUGGCGCUUGCAACGGGACAUAUGCUACGGGUACUUGGAGUUGCAUGACGGCCGUUUUUGACGUGGAGCGCGAGCGUAUGCACCACAUCAUGCAAACUUACCUCCCAACGGCCUUAAUAGUUGUCAUAUCAUGGUUCAACUUCUGGCUGGACGUCGACUCAGCGCCGGCUCGUGUCUCGUUGAGCAUCACCACGCUUCUUACCAUAUCUACGCAAGCCAAUGCUGUAAAGUUGGCUUUGCCUGAAGUGUCUUACAUGAAAGCCAUCGAUGUGUGGAUGGGUUCUUGUAUGGCAUUCGUCUUUGGUGUGAUGAUUGAGUUUACGAUUUGUCACUUCGCAAAGAAUCAGGAAUUGACGAGGGGCGAGACGCAACCAUCGCUGAUCGUGGAUACAGCUCUCUCAACGCUUUUCGGCGCUGCGAGGGACAUUGACGACUUGAAUGACGAUGAUCUGAUGGAAAAAUCAGAUCAAAAUCACAUCGUCUUGAACAUGCUCAGCCCCGAGCGCAACGAGCCGCGGUUACGGAAUAUUGAUGGAAACAGCAAUGGGACCAGCUCACGAUACUACCCAGGUGCGGAUCGGCUGAAGCGGAAGCGGUCCAAAGCCAGUCUGGCCAGGAUAAGGGCGCAGGUAGCGCGCAUGCAUCACGCUACCGCUACGGUUUCCCGAAGAGCCCUGAAUUGGACGAGGACUUUGAGGAAUCUGCGGGGUAGACGAGUGGCCCAGAGGAUCGACGAAAAAUGCCGGAUAGCAUUUCCCAUGGUUUUCCUGAUUUUCAACAUUGCUUAUUGGAGCUAUUACCUCGUCAUUACG